AUUAAAGGUAAAGCAGUGUUCUCUAUCUAUUACAUUUGCUAGAUAAUGAAAUUUAUGCAUAUUCAUAGCAUCAACAUCCCACCCUAUAUUGUUUGAGGUGCAGUUCUUAGAGGAGUUACGACCCCAUGACCCAUGUUUGUUACUCAAUAGUUGUGUACUCUCUUAGAUGAUUAGGCUCUGUGUUUAGAUCAUCGACGUAUAUGGGCGGUACAUUCGGUCCGAGCGGUGCCAGUCACUCGACACCGAUCGUUCAUUUGUCUGUCUUUUUGGGACUGAUACGGAUAAUUUGGUACGUCGCUAAUGUCGUUCAUAGUAACUAACGCGUUGUAAGUAUUCCCUCAAUGGUACGCAGUCAGUGCAAUAUAACGCUUGUUAACUCUAUACUUCGAACAUUGUUCAUCUGUUAAUUCUGUACUAUUGUCGUUGCUUCAGCGUUAUAACAAUGUAUAAUGUAUUUUCGCUACUGGGCUCGGGUAUUCUAUGCUUUCGAUAUUAAAUUAGUGUGUAUGCGACUUUAACUAGCUUCAUAAUCUCUAUGCUGAUGUAUAUGCCCAUCUCGUUGAUAACACCUACCUAAUAUUAUUUAGUAUAUUAGAUAAAUCUGCUGAUUUACGUCAGAGCUGGCUUCAGUGUCUAGAUAUUCUAUGCGGGCUUAAAGCUAAUUUUAAUAUUCUCCGAAACAACUUCAAUUCACUGUUGUUAACGCUUUCUAUCAGCAAGUGGCGAGGACAUUUGAAAUUAACAUUAACAAACAAUACGUCACUCACAUGUUGGUGUGCAGUCAGUGUCUCAGAAAGUGCUGAAAGUUUUCCACAUCAAGAUACAGAGGUCAUGUUUGUCGCUGACUGUUUUCGAUACACCAGCUGGAAACUCAUGUACAUAACAUAUUAAAUUCCGUCUUCAAAUGGCGACCUUGCUGCUGCGAAUUGAAAUCGCUGGGCGUUUCAAAAGUAAAAUUAAAACCAUAAAACAUUCCAACCCCCUCAAUAGCAAAUAUUACCAACCGCGCACGGCAUGGUCGGCCAAUAUCUUCAAUUGAUAGUAUCAAAAUGAUUUGAUAGGGAGAAUGAUAACAAAUCAUGCAUAUCAAUUUAAAGAGACAAACAAUAAAUUGAUCUCACAGUCAGGGAUUAGGCUUGUAGAGUGAGUAAGUGUUCGUUCAGAACUGCGGAUGCGGGCGGCGGUCGUUGGGCUCACGUUUGAUGACCGUUGCCGGUCCGGGAGUUGUCUAUGAACACGCGUGCUUGGCUUACAGAGUUGAUUGUUAUAUCUUUUUCUUGGUGCGUUUACAGCAACAGGAGCAGGACCCGACCAACUUGUAUAUGGCGAACCUGCCGCCGCACUUCAAGGAGAAUGACGUGGACCAACUCCUGGCCAAGUUCGGGCAAGUGGUGUCCACGAGGAUCCUCCGCGACACGCACGGCCAUAGCAAAGGGGUCGGCUUCGCGCGGAUGGAGUCACGGGAAAAGUGCGAGCAGAUCAUUCAGAUGUUCAACGGCAACCCGAUCCCGGGUGCCAAGGAGCCUCUGCUAGUGAAGUUCGCGGACGGCGGCAACAAGAAGAAGUCCUUGUACAACAAACAGGACAACAACGGACGCAUCUGGAGAGACAAUAACGAAUCAAUCACGCAGGUAUGAAGUUAAUUAAUCCUCAA